AUGGCAUCAAGCUCAGUAUCUUGUCACAGCUCUGGUUCAUGGACAGCUAAGCAGAACAAAGCCUUUGAGCAGGCUCUAGCAACCUAUGAGCAGGAUACUCCUAACCGUUGGCACAAUGUUGCCCAAGUUGUUGGUGGAAAAACAACAGAAGAGGUAAAGAGACACUAUGAACUCCUUGUGCAAGAUAUCAACAGCAUAGAGAAGGGUCAUGUUCCCUUCCCAAACUACAACACCAGUGGCAGGCCGAUUAAGGAAGAAAAGAGGAUGAGAAAUAUGAGGCUGCAGUGAAUAAAGGAGAUACACCGAUCUAUUCUUCUCAUCAAUCAGUCCUCCAUGUCAAUGGCAAAUUGUUGUUUUUUUUGUACUUUCCUUUUUGUUUCCCUCAAACAUCUUAGACGCUACCAAAUCUAUCAAUACCUCCUCAAUCUUGAAUCAUUCAAGUUAUGUUAUGUUUAUUUUGUAAUGGAAAGUCCAU